AUGGCGUCUGCAGCAGCAGCAGAGGCCGAGAAGGGAUCUCCAGUUGUGGUGGGCCUGCUAGUUGUGGGCAACAUCAUUAUUCUGCUGUCAGGCCUGGCCCUGUUUGCCGAGACCGUAUGGGUGACAGCCGACCAGUACCACAUAUACCCACUGAUGGGAGUCUCAGGCAAGGAUGACGUCUUCGCUGGUGCCUGGAUCGCCAUCUUCUGCGGCUUCUCCUUCUUCGUGGUAGCCAGUUUUGGUGUGGGCGCCGCGCUCUGCUGCCGCCGGUCCAUGGUCCUCACGUACCUGGUGCUCAUGCUCAUCGUCUACAUCUUCGAGUGCGCUUCCUGCAUCACGUCCUACACCCACCGUGACUACAUGGUGUCCAGCCCAUCCCUGAUCACCAAGCAGAUGUUGACCUUCUACAGCGCUGACACCCACCAGGGCCAGGAGCUGACCCGCCUCUGGGACCGCGUCAUGAUUGAGCAAGAGUGCUGUGGCACAUCUGGUCCCAUGGACUGGGUGAACUUCACGUCAGCCUUCCGGGAGGCCACUCCGGAGGUGGUGUUCCCCUGGCCCCCACUGUGCUGUCGCCGGACGGGAAACUUCAUCCCCCUCAACAAGGAGGGCUGCCGCCUGGGGCACAUGGACUACGUGUUCACCAAGGGCUGCUUUGAGCACAUCGGCCAUGCCAUCGACAGCUACACGUGGGGCAUCUCGUGGUUUGGGUUUGCCAUCCUGAUGUGGACGCUCCCAGUCAUGCUGAUUGCCAUGUAUUUCUACACCACGCUCUGAGGGACAAGACGGGAAGGCAGCAUACACACCCCGGCCUCCUCUGCAUCCUCCUCCUGCUUCCUCCGCUGGGGCCUGGAUGGUUGCCUCAUGUCUGCCCUCCCAGCCUCCCUAGCCCUUACCUGCUUCCACUUCCAAUAUCUUUUUCCAGGUUCCUGUGCCUCGGGUGUGCCCUGAAACCCCAGGGCUUGUGUGCACGUAUCUUUAGCCCAACUUUCAAGGGACCUUUCCAUGAUCCCAUCUCACAUUCACAGACACCUCUCCUGUAGCUCUCUGAGCUCCUCCUUCAUGGCAGGCGUCGCCAUUCUUGCUGAACAGUUUGUGAUUGCCGUUUGAGCUCUGGAAGCCUUGAUUGCCAUGAGAGUUCUGUCACGGUCACUUUACUGUCCCCAUCAUCACCCAGCAUGGGGCUGAGCACAUACUAGAUAGUCAAUAAAUAAAUAAAUUAAUUAAUUAAUUAAUAAUGAAUGAA